AUGCAGUUUGCUGGCAUCAGUGGUGUUCUCUACUACACUCCUCAAAUUCUUGAGCAAGCAGGUGUUGGUGUUCUUCUUUCUAACAUUGGCCUUAGCUCAUCUUUGGCAUCUAUUCUUAUCAGCGCCUUGACAACCUUAUUGAUGCUUCCGAGCAUUGGCAUUGCCAUGAGGUUCAUGGAUAUGUCUGGAAGGAGGUUUCUUCUCCUUGCGACAAUCCCUAUCCUAAUAGUUGCACUAGUCGUCUUGGUCAUGGUCAACAUUGUGGACGUGGGAACCACAGUGCAUGCUGCACUCUCCACGAUCAGCCUCAUACUCUAUUUCUGUUUCUUCGUCAUGGGGUUUGGGCCUAUUCCCAACAUUCUUUGUGCAGAGAUCUUCCCCACCACUGUUCGUGGAAUUUGCAUAGCCAUCUGCGCCUUUACCUCCUGGAUCGGUGACAUCAUUGUGACAUACACUCUCCCCGUGAUGCUAAACUCCAUCGGGCUCGCCGGUGUCUUCGGGAUAUAUGCUGUUUUUUGUAUCAUAGCUCUUGUAUUUGUAUACAUGAAGGUGCCGGAGACAAAAGGCAUGCCCCUCGAGGUAUUAGUGAAGAAAUGA